UUUGCGAGGUGCAGUCAAAAAGAAUGGUUUAAAGACAACAGUCUGAAGUGUCAAUAGUUCCAGAGCAACCAGACUUAAUCCUGGAAUAUGCAGAACCGGCCUUAGGCAUACGCGGCUGCGUUGGGCACCUGAAAAUUUGGGGCACCACCAGGACAGCAGUUAUCUGGCUUAACCUAAUUAUUGUGUGAUACUGGAUCCCUUGCAUCACAAUGGGGAAUGAAAACAGCCGCACAGAAAAUCAGUCAGAAGUUGCUGGCACACAUAAAGUCAUCCUCAUACCACCCAACGAAGGAACACAGCAGAAUGUUUCCUCAGCCCUGGCUCCGGAACCAGGCCAACCUCCUGGUAAUGGGCAAGAUAUAAAAAAGAAAAAGCAGGAAAAGAAGACUACAGAAAGAUCUGGUGGUCAAGACGUCUUGAAUCUUCUACCUGCAACUACUGCUGCUGCACAAGUGCCUGAUAAUGUCUCACCAUUAACCACAAGGGCUGCAAGUUCUGGCAGAGAAAGCUGGGCAGUAGUAUCUGAUUUCAAGAAAGGGGAACCCCAGCAAGGAGUUGGGCCCAAUAAUCUUCUUUUUGCUGGUCUGGAUAUUAGUGAAGAUGCACGUUCUCAGAUCCCAGCUAUAAGCAGCAGCAGUAAUGAAGGCAUCGGUAGCCACACUGCUGAAGGUUUAUCUGAUCCAAAUUCAUGUGCAGUGUCUGCAGAGGUGACAGCACAGAGUAAUAUCCUGCAAGAACAUGGAGGACAAACUGGUUCUGACUUAUUAAUACAGGCUGCAGAAGCAAAAGAGAGAAGUCUACCUAUCUCCAUGCCUUUAGCAGAAUGUGCCAAAGAAUAUGUCACAGCAGAUCUCACGGACAGCAGUGAUGAUUUACCAACCCCAAAGAGUAUUGUAACGGUGCCUUCCCCAAACACUCUGGAUGACAAAGAAAUAGGAACAGCAGAUGCUAUAUUUGUGGACAGUGGCCCAGAAAGUGACAAUAUUGCUGCCUCUUCUAUCAAAAAGAGUGAGAAUGAUCCAGAAAAUACAAGCUUAGAGUCUAGCCCUUCUGCAGAAGCUACUUUGACACAAGGAGUUACACAAACAAAUUCAUGUGAAUUAGAACCAUUAUGGCAGAGUGAACAGCUGGAUGGCAAGAGGGAUUCGCAUGCUGUCUCAUUACCCCAGGGUAAAGAAGCAGGAGAUUACUUUACCACUCAAGAGGCCAAGCAGGGGCCAGGAUUUUUGGAAGUGGGUCAUAAGGAGCAGACUGUAAUACAGCGAGGUGGACAGAAAACAGAUGGCACAGAGGGUCUGUUAAUGAAAAAGGAAACCUUAAUCCUAAAUUAUCCCACAACAGGAGGCUCAGACAAUGAAAAAUAUGGAGCAGUUGUGAAUGUUCAGUGUUUGGUUGAUAACCCUGAGUUCAGUGAUGCCAACAGUUUAUGUAGAGGAGAUAUAGCCACAACUAAAGGGAAUGACCCAAACUUACAUCUCUCUGAAAACAAUGGGAAGCAACCAGCACCUUGCACUUUAAACUCUUCAGACCUGUUCCUGGUACCAAAGACAGAUGAACCUUCAGGGGAAUCUGUAUCUGCAAAUGAACACCACGAUCCAGUUAGAAGUAAAGCACAAAAAACAACUUCUAAAACAGCGGAGCCCAGUUUUGAAAAAGAGCCUCAAAAGGUGAAUUUGUUUGUUAGCACUGAACCUUUUAAUGUGCCUCUGUUGCUUAAGGCAGAGCAAAAAACAGAUCUCACAUCUGAAAACACAAAAGAUCAAGACAGCAUUAAUGAAACAAUAAAAGCUGAUAUCGUGUUAGUAGAAAACAUCCUUCUUUCUCAUGUAGAAAAUGCUAUGAAUUCCAACAAGGAAGAUUCCAUGGUACAUGAAAGAUUGGCACUGGAAAAAUAUGUAUUAGAUUUAACUUGUGGGAGUAAACCCACAGAGCUGAAUCUAAAAGAAACUGACAUUGAAGUACCUGUAGAAAAAACUGAAGCUUCUGUGGGAAAGGACAGAACAGAGGAAGUGCAAGUUAUAGCAACCAGUGCAUCACCUGAAGGGUUAAAUGAGGCAGAAGGGAUUCUAUUGAACUUUGAUAAUAGCAACAAGCAGGACAGAAAGGAUGCCAACUGGGGGGAUGAUUUCAAAGAAAUCAGCUUUUCAGACAAGACUUUAAAAAGUGACAUAAAUGAAAAAGCUGUGGAAAAGCAUCUGAAUUCAGAGAGUAACUUGAAAGUAGCUGAAGAUCAUUCACUCUGUUUCCAGUGUGAACCUGAACAACAAAUGAGCAAAGAGAAAGCAAUUGCCACACACGACUUGUCCUCAACGUGCAGCUUUCCACUUGUGGAAACUCCACAGUUAGCCAGGGAAGAAUGCCCUCUGAGUUUUGAUCAUUUUAACACUGACACAGAAGACAAAACUUUAGCCUUGCUAGGCUAUAAAAUGACUGAAAAGGUUUGUUCAGUUAAUGCACAUGGUUCACCGCUUCUGCACUCUCAGGACAGUGAUAUUAUGCAAACGAAGCAAGAUGAAUCCUGGGAACACACUUUUGCUAAAGAAGCUGUAUUGGAGUCAGAGUGCAAAACUAAGCAUCAAGAAAUGUUUCAAAGCAAUGAAGGGUCUGAAGAAAAUAGACAAAUUCCCAAAGCAGAACUUGAACAUGAGGGCUUAAGUGAAUUGAUAGGAACUACUGACUGUGUUGCACUACAUAAAGCAAAAAUUCAGGAGGCCUCACGUAUUUGUGAAAGCAAAGAAUGGAACAGACAAGUAGCGGAAGUGCCUAAUAGUGAUCCUGCGUGCGUACCUGUAACUGUUGUUAAACAAAGCAGUGCUGUAGACAUUAAAGAAAAUAAUGAAAUUAAGCAGGAGGAAUGCAGAGCUGAAGUGGAAAGCUAUGUAGAUGAUAAAGAUUUGGCACUGAAAAAGGAAUGCACAUCUGACACACCAAAGCAAGUUCAGCAGGAACAAAUGGCUGCAAAAAGUGACAAAAGUAUGCAAGUGGUUCAUUCUGAAAUCUCUCAAGCAUCAGCAAAUACUGAGGAGUUCAGUUCCCAGCAAAAGCAGUGGAGUUUAGAAGGAUUACAUGAUAGCAGCAUAACUGAGAAUAAACAGCCAUCCGAGAGUGACAAAGAUGGCUCUCCAGAGACCCUUAAAAGCUAUAUUAAAGAAAAGCAAGAAAUGGGAGAUGUUUCAAUAACCCUUCCACAAACAGAGCAGAGAGAGCGCCUCAACUUUGCUGCCAGAAAGAGUCAACAGCACAUUUCAAAUAUAGGAUUUGAAAAACACAAACACCAAAGCAAUCUGAAUACUGUCACAAGUACUGAUGAACAGGAACAUAAAGAAAUGGCUCAGAAAAAUGAGCAUUUAGUGGAAUUAAGUUAUCACAGUGACUGUCAGGACGUAUGCAGAAGCAAAUCAGAUAUGUCUCUAGACAUUACAAGCAGCCCUCAAACAGCACCUUCUGUGCUAGAGCCAGAGCCAUUCAGAUAUAAUCCUGAUGCAGUGCCAGGGGAGGACUCAAAUAAAAGUACUGCUUGCAUGAAAGGGAACAUGUGCAACACUGAGCAUUUGCAGAAUAUUUCUGAUCUGAAGGUAGCUACUUUGCAAGACUGCACUCAACAAAAUAAAACUGACCUAGAGGCAGAAGGAAAUCGCUUCAGUAGGCAGAUCUCUAGCAAGCCCAAGCAGGAGAAUAAUUCUUUGAUCUCAGUCAGUCAACAUGAAGAAGCAUGUCAAGAUGAUGCAUUUUCAAAAGAAUCUGACAUAAAUGAACAGCCAGACAGCAUAUGUAAGACAGCAGACAAUACUAAUGUAAGCAGUGCUGCUGCUAUUGACUGUAUUCCCGGGGCGCAGAAUUCAAUAAGUGUCACUGAUAUACCACAGACUUCACUAACUGAUAUUGAAAUAACAUGGUCUGAUGGUGACUCUGAGGACAAUAUGUAUGAAAAAAACAAGAAUGAUACUCAAAUACCUAGUUCAGAAAACCUUGAAAAAAUGCGAUCGUUGGUGAAAGGCUCAGUUCUAGAAACAAAAAAGAAUCUGACUUCAGACAGUGAAAUCAUCCCAAAAGUCGAAAAUAUAAAACUAAAUUUUGAAAGGGACUCUUCUAUCACAGAGACAAGCAAUCAGAAAGUAGAUGCAAAUUCAGGUGCAAAGGAAAAUCCUUCUGCAUUACAGGAAUACAGGGAAGUGGCUCCCAACAGUGCUUCAUAUACAUUAAACUGCAUUAAAAAAGCCAAGAAUGAGCAUCUGCCUGCUGGCUCUGAAACAGAAGAAUUCCCAAUUCUUUCUACAUCGACCUUUGCAUUGGAUCAUCAUAGUGAAGCUAGCCAGCAACCUGAAAACUGUAAGAAUGACGGUAUUGUGGGUGUGUUACUAAAUAAUAAGCUUGUAGUUAAAACAUGCCAAAAUGUCUUAGAAGUUGCUUCUGAUUUGCAGAGUACAGCUGAUGCUACCGUACCUGUGCAUUUAAAAGACAUUUCACCAGGGAUAAUAAGCACAGCUGAUCAAAACAGCACUGAAGCAGCACAUUUAAAAAAUACUUCUAUGAAAGAAACAAGUAUUCCUGGCCAAAGUUUCCAGUGUGAAGGAGAGAGUAUUUCACCCAUACUAGAUUCUGCUGAUGCAGGGCAGUUUGCAAGAAACUUAACACAAUUUAAUUUUGAGAAGCUGAAGAAGGAGAUAUCUGCAAUUAAAACUAAAGGAACAAAAAGUGAUGUAAACUUCAAAGCACAGGAAAGUGACAGUUCAGCGGAGUCUCUGUUCAGUCUUCCUAGCCUAGGAGAGAGGCUGCUGAGUCUUUCAUCUACUGAUAAACAAGAAGGAUGUAAUGAGGAAAUUGCAACAAAUAUCUGUGUAGAUGACAAGUACAGGAAGAUCUUAGAAAACUCUGGAAGUGCAGAGAAAACUGAAAAUGUUUUGAAAGAGAAUAAUAGCAUAACCAAGACAAAAAUAAAUAUUUCCAAAGAGGCUGCAGAAAACUGUAAAAGGGAGAAUGAUGUUCCGAGUUCCAGGACCUUUGCCGCUGGUGCCAGCUUUCCUGAUUUCAGGGAGCAUCUCAGUAAAAUAUUUGAGAAACCUGUGCGCAACGCUCUGAAUACUGAAUUACCCCAACCAUCAUCUGAAAUUUAUGCAAGCAGUGGGCAAAGCCCCGUGGUUAAAGAUAUACCAGUUCUGCAAAGUGCUGAGAACUUUUCAGAGCCUAACACAGUAGGUGAAGGUGUUGAUGGAAGCAUCAAUAACGCAGGACAAGAAAGUGACUCAGAAAUAGAGAGACAAGAGUUGCCUUUGGAUUCUGAGAUUUUUAGCAAAGAGAAGUCAGCACAGCAAGAAGACAUGCUCAGAGAACUAACACUUCCAGAAAACGAGGAACAUAAACAACCAGGUACCUUUUCAGAAAAGAAAGUUUCCAAAUUGGAUGGUUCUAAAUCUGUUGAACUGCCUCCUACAAAUUUAAGAAAGCUGGACAACAAAACUGAAAGCACAAAAAGUAGUCAGAUGGAAAGAGAGGAAGGUACACAUACUAGCAGUGUGAAUGCUGGAGUUUUUGUGGACCAAGAAAUAGAAAAGCUGGAAUCUGCUUCAUCUGAUGGGACCGAAGCUGCAAACUUAACUGCAUCUUAUGACAAUAAGGACCAGCCCACAAUUCCUGGGACCUCUUCAGAAGAUACAGGCACUGUUCCGAAGAACGAUUUAGAAAGUGCUGCCAUCCCAGAGGCAGAGGAAUGUGAUUUAAUUGUACAAUGUAAUGCAGAAUCAGAAGAUCUAAUAUCUUAUGAAAAUCAGUGCCAGGACUUUAUGCCAAAUGAGCAGAAGAAAAGUAAAGACUGUGAACCAAGCACUGUCAAUGGUACCUGCAACAUGUCAGCCUCAACAAUUGUCCAAGGAGACAUCUUCAAAGCUGAAGUAAAAAGAGAUGAUCUUUGUAUGUUGUCUGGUGAAAUCCAAGAGAAAUCCACUCACAAUAAUCUUGUGCAUGAAAUUAAGCCUCAGGAUGACACAUAUAUGAUGCUGGAUGCUUUGGGAAGUAGAAAAUGCCUGGAAAUAUUAGGAAAUCUUCAAGACUCACAGCAGGGAAAAGAAGCAACAAUACAUGGGUUAAUAGAUCACUUUAAAAAUGAACUAAGCCAUGAUGAUCAUUCCCAGGCUGACUUUAAACAUGAACUCAGCAGUGUGACUAAGAGAGAUGUGAAGGAAGAAAGUGACACCAUGUUAAGCACAGCAGUGGCAGAAGCUUCUAUAUGUGGCAAUGAACAACUUGGAGACACCCCUGAAACAGGUAUUACAGGCACAGUGUUAAUUAGUAAAGGUGAUGCAGCUUUGCAAGCAAGCAUUCAAGAUCAAGGGACAGAAACAAAAAAGCAUCACUCAGAAACUAUUACAGGGAUGGAGCCCAAAUCGGAUUGUGUAAGUACAGAUUUUAAUGUUGCUUCUGAAAAUCAAUGGAGCAAGAUGCAUUCAGAACAUGACAGCUCACUGCUGAAUGCCGAAGGAAAGGUACCAACCCCUUCAUUCACUGAGCCUAAGAAACAUCACAUCAAUGAACUUCUGGACAUGGUUACUGAAGGAUUACCUACAGAAAGCAACUUCCCUGAGCCCUGUCAUUCUCUCCUUCCUGUAUCUGAAAAGGAUGCUAUAGCUGUAACAGCCAAGGCCACCUCAGAUGAGGCAAGAGAUGACAUCAGAGUAGAAAGUUCUCCUGUGCCAGGUGAUGUCAUAAAAUUGGCUUCUUCCACUGAUUCUUCCAAACAACUGUUAGCUGAUUCUCUGCCUUGUGAAAAUGUUGCUGCUCUGGGUGCUGCUGAGUUGACUGCAGCAAGCACUUCCCAGCCUGGUAGCUGCAAAGAAGUUGAGAACCCUGUUACAUCUGUUCCUGAGGAUGCAUCCUUGGCUCCUACACCAGCUGAUGAUGUAGGAUCACUUGCUCAAGACAGUGAGGGAUUGACAAAGGAAAUAAAGAGGAGUUCAGACUCUGAAGAAGCAUUUGAGACACCAGAAUCCACCACUCCUGUAAAGGCUCCACCUGCACUACCGCAGCCACCACUGGAAGUAGCGGUGGUAGAAGCAGCAGCAGCAGUAGACACAGUUGAACAGGAAAUAAGGCCACAGCUGCCCUUGGAAGACACAGGAUUCUGUUCUGAUACUGUGUCCAUAAUUGAUGCAUCACAUAGUGAAUCAAUUGAAGAAAGCCCAUUCCGUCCUCCCUCCCAUUCAUUUUCUACUGUCUUUGAUGAGGAUAAGCCUAUAGCCAGCAGCGGGACUUACAACUUAGACUUUGAUAACAUUGAGUUGGUAGAUUCUUUCCAUACCUUAGAACCUAGCACUCCAGAAGCUAAGAAUAGGGACCCUAAAGUGAAUGUUCGAAGAAAAUCCACAGAUUCUGUCCCAAUUUCCAGAUCUACUUUGUCUCGGUCUCUUAGUUUGCAAGCUAGUGAUUUUGAUGGCGUUUCCUAUCUUGGCAAUAAUGAGACAGUAAUUCCAACGGCAGACGUGUUCAAUACUGGUUCAAGUAGUGCUUCUAGUACCCUUAAGCGAACAAAGAAACCCAGGCCACCUUCUUUAAAGAAGAAGCAAUCCGCAAAAAAAUCUGCAGACUCUCCACCAGUGAAAGAAACGCAACAAGAACCAUCUGACAUUAGCCAACAAGCUUCUGUCCCAAGUGAAGAAAAACUGUUGUCUGAGGUAAAGGUUGAAUCAAUUAAAUCUGAAUGUACUGAACCUUCCCAAAUCUCUACGGAGAAACAGGAGGCCCCUGCUGUGCCUGAAGCUUCCUAUCCCUUUGAUCGAGAGAACUUUGAAGAGAUUAGUACAUUUAGUACUGGAGAAAGCAAAGUGCAAACCUCUCCACCUGCCAGUAAAAAAACCCAACCUCUUACAACGGCACCAGAGGCCGUGGAGGUGACUCCAUCUGACACUGGAGGACAAGAGGAUCCUCCAGUCAAAGGUCUAGCUGUGAGACUAGAGUUUGAUUAUUCUGAGGAAAAGGGGAGCAGAGAGGACCAGCAAGAAAGCACUCCGCCACCCAAAAAAGCAGGUAAAAAAUCUGGUGCCAAAAUGCCACUAAGGAGGCCAAAGACUAAAAAGACAGUGGAAAAGCUUGACAAUGCUCCCACCACACCAACCAAGUCACUCACUGAUCCAAAUGAUAUCCCGAUUUCAAAAGGCUCUUAUACUUUUGAUAUUGACAAGUGGGAUGAUCCCAACUUUAACCCAUUCUCUUCCACUACAAAAAUGCAAGAAUCUCCCAAAUUGCCUCAACAAACGUACAGUUUUGAUCCAGAUACCUGCGAGGACUCAAUUGACGCUUUCAGACUGUCUUCGAAGAUCACCAGCUCACCUUCUAAAUCUCCAGCCUCCUUUGAGAUACCAGCCAAUGGCAAUGAAACAAAUGGAACUGAAGGAGACAACCUAAAUAAACCUGCAAAAAAGAAGAAGACACCACUAAAAACGAUGGUAGAAGAUGUGAUGUCUGUAUGUUCUCUGUUUGAUACAUUUAGGGUGAAAAAGUCACCAAAAAGAUCUCCCCUCUCGGAUGCGCCCUCUCAGGAUUCCACUCCACUGCCUACUCCAGAAACACCCCCAGUUAUAUCCACCGUGGUUCAUGCGACAGAUGAGGAAAAACUGGCUUCUUCCGUAACCAGUCAGAAAUGGACUUGCAUGACUGUGGAUCUGGAUACAGAUAAACAGGAUUACCCACAACCAUCCGAUCUAUCCACAUUUGUAAAUGAGACCAAGUUCAGCUCCCCUACAGAGGACCUGGAAUAUGGCAACUCAUAUGAAAUAGAAUACAUGGAGAAAAUAGGCUCCUCCUUGCCGCAGGAUGGCAGCACCCCGAAGAAACAAUCUUUGUACCUUGUAUUUGAUGCACAGCAGGAAAGUCCAGUCAAAUCUCCUCCAGUCAGACUAUCUGAUUCUACAACUCCAUGUUCAGGGUCAAGUUUCGAGGAAAGUGAAGCCCAGCUAUCCUCUGGAAUGAAAAUACACCCAGGUUCCCGGGUUUUAACUGCCAGCCAAGAUCUGCACUUACAGUCGACUGACAAAUCAAAACAGAAAGAACUGGAGCCCAUGAGUUUAGGAACAGCUUCAGACACCAUUGAAAUAACAACUCCUGAGGACUCCUUUGUCUCUGCUGAUGCUCUUCUCAAUAGGAUAUCGCAUCAAACAUCAAUAUGUGAUCAGCUUGAAUAUCUAGAACCUGACUUAGCAGAAAAGAACCCCCCCGUAUUUGCUCAGAAACUUCAGGAGGAGUUAGAGUUUGCUGCAAUGAGGAUAGAAGCAUUGACGCUAGCCAGACAGAUUACCCUGUCUUCUUUCUGCUCCUUAGAUACCGAGAAAGAAGCUGCUAUCCCAGCAGAUGUUUCCAUCUCUAAAAGUACUCUGUACUCCCGAAUCAGUACUUCUGAGGCAGAAAAUACCACAGAUCUGCUCUACCAGCAAGAAGAUUUGGAUUCUGCACUACGAAUUGCCAGACAUGAGACUGUGGCCAAAGAAAGAGAAGUAUCUGAGUGGAAAGACAAAUAUGAAGAAAGCCGAAGGGAAGUGAUGGAAAUGAGGAAAAUAGUUUCAGAAUAUGAGAAGACGAUUGCUCAGAUGAUAGAGGAUGAACAGAGAGAGAAAUCUGUCUCCCAUCAUACUGUCCAGCAGCUAAUAGUGGAGAAGGAACAAGCUUUGGCAGACCUGAACUCUGUGGAGAAAUCACUGGCAGACCUUUUUAGGAGAUACGAAAAAAUGAAAGAGGUUCUGGAGGGAUUUCGGAAAAAUGAAGACGUGUUAAAGAAAUGUGCCCAGGAGUAUUUAUCACGAGUAAAGAAAGAGGAGCAGAGGUACCAAGCACUCAAAGUUCAUGCUGAAGAAAAACUGGACAGAGCCAAUGCUGAAAUUGCACAAGUCCGAGGCAAGGCUCAACAAGAACAAGCAGCAUAUCAGGCCAGUCUCCGUAAAGAGCAGCUGAAAGUGGAUGCAUUGGAAAGAACACUGGAACAAAAGAAUAAAGAGAUAGAAGAAUUAACGAAGAUUUGUGAUGAACUGAUUGCCAAAAUGGGGAAAAGCUAACUUUUAACCAAAUUUCUGGACUUCAAUAUUAAGUGCAAUAUGACCAUUGGCACACUGAUGUCCAUAUAUUGAUGUGGACAGGUUGUAUUUUCACUUUUUCGUAUGCACUACUGUAUUUUCUUUCUAAAUAAAGUUGAUUUAAUUGUA